AUGACUGACCAAACAAACACGGAACAAUCUGUUGAUUUGACCACAGAUAAUACGACUGAUUUAAAAGAGUCGAUGGCUUCAAUGAUGUCUGAAAUGAUGUCGGUCAUGAAAGACGAUAUGCUCAGACAGUUUGAGGAGUACUUUGCCGCUCCCGAGCCUGAGGCCAACACUGGCGAUGUUGAGGCAAAUGGUGAUCAACCCUCACCCGAUGUGUCGGAUGCCAUCGAAAAUUAUCUACAGACUCCAGACCCUAAUUCGACGUCGAGUACAUUUGACGUGUUAGCUCCUGAAUUUUCUACCACAGACAAAACGGGACCAGCAAUUGAUGACAAACUGGCUAAUAUUAUAAGUGAUUUAGUCAAAGACACUUUGCCUAAGACGAAACUGGACGAGGUAAUCAAUAAAUAUCCUCGCCCAGAGAAUUGCGAAAGCCUGGUUGUACCAAAAGUUAACAAAAUUGUUUGGCAACAUCUCAAGCAAAGUGUCCGAACCACCGACAGUGCCAUGCAGAAAUGUCAAAAAUUAUUCACCUCGACAAUGUAUGCCAUUAUUCAAGCAUGUGAGCAAGUCACGGGCAAUGUUAGAACGAUUUUAACACACGCGCUGGUUCUAGCCAUGUCUGGCAACAGAGAAUUUAAUCUCAGGCGACGUGAGUUACUGCGGCCAAGCCUUAAUUCUCAAUAUGCCACACUCUGUAAUCCAUCAACACCCAUAACCUCCGAAUUGUUUGGGGACGAUAUCAGUAAAGAAAUUGAUCAAGUGGCCAAAGCUAACCAACUUG